AUGGCUGAUAAUGAUGAUUAUGAAAUCUAAUAUUACAAAUAUUUAGAGAAAAUAGGAAUGACUCUUCCCAAUCCCAGAGUCAGAGAAACCCCUUAGAAAUAAGGCGGUAGUGGAAUUUCAUAAAGAUUAUUAUUCUAGAACUCCUCAUUAAAAAAAGAACUGAAUUAUUAAAGAAUUAAUUCAAUUAUAGUACUGAAUAACUAAUUAGAAAUUAAUUUAACCAAUAAAUAGUCCUAACCUAAACUACUAAAUAUCACUUCAAAUUCAGAAGGUAAAAGCCCUAUCUUUGACAUACAAACCAGCCUAAUUCAAUCCAAUGAAUAAAAAAAUGGAAAAGGAUUAUCUUAAAUCGAUGAAUUCGCAGAUGAGUAUUAGUAAGAAGCAUCUAACAAAACUAAUUGUUAUGAGUCAAAAUAGGAAUUAAACAACAACAAUAUCAACCUAGACUUUUCGUCCCUUCAAUUAAAACCAUUGACCACCAAUAAACUUCACGAAGAAGCUUAAUAGAGAGCUGAAUAAUAAAAUUAGUUACUUCAAGAAUCAAAAGACUUCGAAAAUCAAAUGCAAUUGUAAAAUAAUUAAGACUUGAAUGAAUAGCAAAUUUAAUAAGACGAAUAGUCUUGCUAGCAUGAAAAAAGCCCUAAAUAAAGCAAUUAAGAACCAUAAAAAUAAGAUAGUCCAAUAAUAGUAAAUACUGAGUAAAUUAAUGAUUUAGAAUCUUAAAAUAUAUAGGUUCAGUCACAAAUCAUAAUUUAAAAUGAACAAAUUGAAAAAAUAACUGCCUGUGACUUAGAGGUGGAUAAAAUAUAAAAUUUAGAACCUUAAUCUUAAGUAGAAAAUUAAUAAAAUAAUGAAACGCAAUCCUAAGAAGUUAUUAUGUAAGAAGAAAUUGAGCAAGAAAAUCAUUGCUAGCCCUAAACUUCAGCUCCAUAAAACAAUAUUAUGAUUAGUUAAUAGGAGCCAUCUGAAAUUCAAUUAGAAAAAGAAAAUGAUGAAAUAGAUAGACCUUAAAUUUAAGUUUCUGAUAAUAAUAUCAUAACCAAUGAAGAAAUGGAAAUUGAGAAAAUAUAAGUACCCCAAUAAGAGGAAUAAAUUGUGAUCUUAGAGAAUAAUAAUUAAGAGUUUUACCCAACUGAGAAUAAAUAAAAUGCUGAUCAAGAAAAUUGUACAAAUAACAUAAACUAAUAAUAAACAGUUGAACAAAGAAUUAUCGAAAAGAAAAAGAAAAAAUAGAAGAAAAGUAGAAUCAUUAAUAAAAAAAAGAAAAAGGAAAAGAAAAAUAAGUAAGAACAAAAUGAACAAACUUUAAAUAACGAAAAAGUUUAAUCUUAAGAUAUAAAGCAGGGUGAAUCCUAGGAAAUAAAAUAGUGUUAAUCCUAACAAAUAAAACAGGGUGAAGAAAAAUAAAUUUCUUAGAUUGAAGAAAAACCCAAUAAUGAACCAUAAAUAAUUGAAUAGGAAUAAAAGAAUCCUAUUUGCAAUCUAUUAUAAUCAUUGAUUCAAGGAUUUUAUGGUUAAAACAUAAAAAUAAACUGGCAUAAGUAUACCUUCUUAAGAAGGAAAAUUUAAAAGUAAAUAAAAUGUAUAUUUUUGUUAGGAAAAGAUCUAUAUUGCUAAAGUCUAAGUUGUUAAUUUGA